CCCGGGAAGGUGACCCGGCCGGCGCCAUGGCUCUGCACAGACCGGCCGCGCUCGUGGCGCUGAUGAGCGGGCGCGGGGCCAGGACGCUGCGGGGCCAGAUAAGGAAAUCUUCAGAGUCCUCCACGCCCCCUGCCCGGCCAGCAAUUGCAGCCAAACACCCGUACCAAGUGGACUUGGAAGCAGGGAAGCUUUAUGCCUGGUGUGCUUGUGGCCACAGCAAGAAACAGCCUUUUUGUGAUGGAUCCCAUAAAAAAGCAACUCCAGGUAUCACUCCCUUGAGGUUCAAGUUGGAUGAGCCCAAGACGGCCUGGCUGUGUGGGUGCAAGCACACCCAGUCCCCACCCUAUUGUGACAGCACCCACAAGGAGGAGUUCAUUCAGAAGGCAGAACUCCCCAAACAGCCUUGAGGAGGUGCUUCCAGGACCUGCACCCAUGAAGGGCCACACAAUUUGUCUGGGGUUUCAAAGCCCUUGUGCCAACUGGGGCUUAGGGACUGCAGGAAGGACUCGGGCAGGCUUCCAAUGCCCCCCAGCUCCUUGGGUCAGAGUUCUACAUUGCUCAACAUUGGUUCUCUCUUCAUGUUAUUCUACGCUGCCCAGGCUCAUGAACCUUACAAACCCCAAGCUUGGGGCAUCAUCAUCACCCAGCUGCCAAGAUAAAAUUAACAAGAUCGUACAGAAAAUGCCAGAACUACAAGGAAUUGGGUUUGGUCAGCAACAUCAUCCCUGUGUGCAGUGUGACUCGAGCCUUGUCAAACAAAUAAAUCUCUGCAAAGAAAGCCCUAGCCUGGAGAAACAAAUAGGGCAUGAUGUGCAUGGUUUUAGGGCUUAGGACUCUUAUCUGUGGGCAUGACUGGGCUGUUCCCAGUCCUCCUUGUUCCCAGCCUCAUCAUCAGAGCUAGGUUUGGGCUGCUUUGAUAGUUCUGGUUUCAGUUCCAGUUGAAGCUGUAUCCCCUCCCUGCCCCCUAGCUGAGAGCAAAACAAUGAUGUGUGAUGGUUUGUGGUAGUCAAAUUAAGCAUAUGUAUAAAUGGUUGGAAGAGUGGAAUCUCACUAAAGGGUCUGUAAAAUGGGUUGGUGGACAUCAUCUCUAGGAUGGAGAGAGAGAACCAGUUUGUGUCUCCCCUUGGGGGUGCCUGAGUUUAUGUUGCAGAUGCAAGAAUGAGUUACCACUAGGUAAGCUAGGGUGUGAAAUAGCGGCACAUCAACUACUUGGCAACUGUGUGAGCACAUUCUGGCCCCAUGGUUAAACAGGAGGCAGCUUACCCCAGUUUAACUGAAGGAUAACUUGUAUGUGUGACCAUCCCUUGAGUAUAGCUUCCAUGUGUUGGUUGGGUGACUCAGAAGUGGAUUGGACAUUUUCCCAGCAGAAGGGUUAUUGAUUUCUACCAACAGGGACUUUCAGCCAAGGAAGUUUCAUUUGGGUAUAUUGCCGAUCAGCUCCUUUUAACUUUAAACCAUCCCCACUCCCCUAGCAGUGCAACUUUAACGCCCCCCCCCCCAAAAUUUUAAGCAGGUGGAAUUAGAAAAAAGUACAACAUGUGUCACUUCCUUUAUAUCACUGUUGUCACCCUAUCAGUUCCUCUUUCCAUAGGCACCUGCAGGAAAGAUGAGCUCUGAAGCAUUUUCUAAAGACACAUGUUGUAUUGCUUUAAUGAUAGAUACAAUCCCCUCACUUCCCCUCCCACCCAGGUAGAUGCAGUUAUGCCAGUAUAAAGGUGUUCAUACCUUUAUGAGAGGCAAGCUGUAUAGAUAUAAGGUACCUUUAUUCUGCUAUACCUGCUUCCAUGCUGGAGUAUGUACCAACAUAAAACAAAAUGCACUGCUUACAGCAGUAAGCAUCCUAGUACAAAUUUGCAAAUUGCGAGGCCUAACAUAAGCAGGGAAAAGUUAUUUCAAGCAACCUUUCAGGCCUUAGUAAUGCAUAUAAAAGAAGCCAAAAGAUCCCCAAGCCAACCACGUUCUUUUUUUUCCAGUCAUGGUUUAUUUUUAACACUUGAAUUGUUGUUUCCUCUCUUGUGUCUGUUCUCCUAAGGGCAUUUUGCAGAUCGUCUGGGAGACUAAUGGCUUUUUCAAUGUCUUUUGAAAAUGAUGGACAGAGUUGUAACUGACAGCCUAAACUCACUACUCCACUGAGGGAAAAAUUCACACAGGUCCUGAAGUCAUUGGAAUUGGCUCCAAAGUGCCUUAGAACUGGCUGCAUAAACCAGUUUUACCACUUAGACUAAAAGGCUGAUUUUUAGGCUGAUUUACUUAAAAUGGUUCAAUGUUGAUAGUGAGGACACUUAUAAUAGUUCAAAACUGGCUAAUAUUACUUUAGUCUGUGCCUGUGACUGCAAGCUAAACUGGUACGAGUAUCUAUGCCCAAAGUUGCCUUGGGUUUGCUAGGUCAGUGUAAAAGUUAAAUUUCAGCAUAGCAUGAGGUCCAAGCUAUGUCUGAGCUCUUGAAAACAUUGCCCUUCAGCUCUAAGUCACUGCUGCUUUGUCAUUUUCAGCAAUGCAAAGCCAUCAGAUGGAUGAGGUAAAACCAAUCAGAAUGACUGUGUUUUAUACCUGCUUUGCUCUAGAGUGAAUGAAGGCAUAGGUUGCCAGGGCAACAGAGAAUUAAAACCUUUCAUCUUGGUUUACUAGGUAUACACAAAACUAGGAUGCCUGGAUUCAUCCAAAAGGUGGGGCGAGGGGGGAAGUGUUGCUGUUGAUCAGGCUAUCUUAACAGGCGUCUCUGGAAAUCAGAGGAGAUUAUGUCUACCAGUGCUCAAGAGCAGGCUCUGCUCAAAUAAGUCACUAGUGGGGGAAUCAGACCUACCCCUGAGACUUCCAGACACCACUGCAGUAUUAAACUAAGCCCAGUUGCCUUGCAGCCUGGAAGCAAGGUUGUUCUUUGUCCCACAGAAUCAGCUUUCCCAGCCACAAAGCCAUGCCUUAGGAGAUGAUGAUGGGGGACCUGUUUCUCUUAAAUGUGUGCUUUGAUUGUGAAACCGUUAAUAAAAUACUGACA